UCUUCUCUGUAUAUUUUUUUUGAAAUGACUGGAGGCGAAAAUUCACCUGUGGUUCAAACUACUCAAGCAAGUGAUAGGAUCCCUGUAAUCAAUACAGUGGAAUUCUUCACAUGCUUUUUAUCUUCAUUCUUCUGAUCAUCCAGGCAUGAAUCUGGUCUCCACUGCCUUUCAUGGCAGAAGCUAUGGAGGCUGGAGAAGGUCUGUUAUGAUUGCUCUGUCAACAAAGAACAAACUAGGUUUCAUUGAUGGAUCCCUAGUUGUUCCUACUGAUACAAACCUUCAAAAGGCUUGGUCAAGGUGUAAUGACAUGGUCCUCUCUUGGCUCUUGAAUUCUCUCUCAAAAGAGAUUGCUGAAUCUGUUUUGUAUUCUCAAAAUGCCAAAGUUCUGUGGUCUGACCUGGAAGAUAGAUUUGGUCAGGCUAACGGAGCAAAAUUAUUUCAGUUACAGAAAGAUCUAAGUGUUGUUGUUCAAGGAAACUCAAGUAUCUCUGCAUACUUUACAAAAUUGAAAAGUCUUUGGGAUGAAUUGGAUGCCCUCAAUACUUUUGCUGCUUGUAGCUGUGAUUGUAUUUGUGGUGCUAAAGAGAAAGGAGUGAAAGCUCAUCAGGAUGAGAGAUUAUUACAGUUUCUUAUGGGUCUCAAUGAGACUUUCAUAGGGGUUAGAAGUAACAUUCUUUUAUCUUCCCCUCUCCCCAACAUUGGUCAAGCAUAUUCAUUGGUUAUUCAAGAUGAGAAACAAAGAGAAAUUCAUGCUUCUCCCAAUUACCCAGGAGAAUCAGCAUCUUUUCUUGUUGGUAAUGCAGGAUCUAGGAGGUUUGAUGAUUAUAAGGCUCAACAAGGGAAUUUUUCUAAGAAAAACACUAUGACAUGCAACUAUUGUAAGAAAGUAGGACAUAACAUUGAACAAUGCUACAAACUUUAUGGUUUUCCUCCAGAUUUUAAAUUCACAAAGAACAAAAGGUACUAGAAAGGAGCUAUGGUCAACAAUGCCUUCAACACUAAUGAAGGAGGCAAUCAGGUGAUGGAAAAUUCUACAGAUCCAAAGUCACUUAGUCAAGAAAAUGUUGGACAGCUUCUGGACCUUUUACAGAAGAUGAAUCAGAAGACUGGAGGAAAGUUUGAUGCUAAUGCAAACAUUACCUGUGCUGGGCCCUUCACUGAAGAGCCCUCUGGUGCUUGGUAAGGAACAAGAUGGUCUAUAUGUUUUCAAGUCAUCUCAAUCAACAGCUAGUACCAAGAAUGUUUUCCAAGCAGCUGCUUCUACAAAUAGUCUUUCUAGUUCUAGUUCUAAUUGUUCUCUUUUUCCUAGUUCAGUAGCAAAUGUUUUUACUUCCUGUUCUAGUUUCUUUGAUCCUAAUGUAAAAGAAAAUUUAUGGCACUACAGAUUAGGCCAUAUACCUUUGAGUAAUAUGAAGAAAAUUG